AAUACAUCAUGGCUUUUGCUACAUAACAGGACAAACUUCACGGUUGUUUUGAUUUUGACUUUGACAAGUAAUCAGUGACGUUCGUUUUGUGUACGUUUCAAAUUAUUUCAAUUCUCUGUUUUGAAAAAAAAAUUACCUAAAAUUCUAAAAUGGAAGGCUCACUUUUGGAACCAAUGCUUUACACUGUGAAGGGUAUCGCUAUUUUGGACCUGGAUGGUAGCAGAAUUCUGGCCAAAUAUUACGACAAAAACGUCUUUCCAACAGCCAAAGAGCAAAAGGCCUUCGAGAAGAAUCUUUUCAAUAAGACUCACAGAGCAGACGGCGAAAUCAUCAUGCUGGAUGGGCUCACUUGCGUUUACAAAAGCAACGUGGAAUUGUUCUUUUACGUUAUGGGAAGUUCUAAUGAAAAUGAGGUAAGGAACUUGCUUUUUCAAUGUUCAUCAUCUUCAAAGUAUUCAAAAAUCUAAAUCAUAAGGUAAA